GCUGGCUGCUCCGCUGCUGCUAACUCCUGGCACAGCCAUGGUGGCUGCCAGAAGAGAGGCAUUUUUCCUCUAAUUCUUUCCUGUUUGGUCCCUCUCUCCGUGUCACAAUCUUACAGGAACCCCAGGAGAUUAUGCAGGGCUGGAAUUUUCCACCAAGGCUGUAAAAUGCGGCGUGCUCGGGGGCUGCCCUCUCUUCCCUAGGUCAGUGAAACACCUGGUCCAUGCUCUGCCUGGCUCUCACAGGAUGUUCCCCUGUCAUCCCUUGCUGUCCCUGGAUGAGUUUGCCACCUCUUCCAGCUGUGGUUUGCGUGCUGAGGAUUUCCCCUCUGCCACUGGCUCUCUGAGACUCUUUCCAUGUGUUUGCUUUCUUUUCCUCUUGCUUCUCCAGCAGUGCUCGGGGGUCGUCAGUGCCCUUUCCUGUGUGACAUCCUGGGAAACACUGGUCCUUGUCUUGCCCUCAAACUUCACCAAGCCAGAGAACUCCUUCCCUCUGUCUUUCCAGGGUCCUCAGUCCCUUUUCUGCUCCCAAGCCAUCCUUCCCAAUUGUGACCAUCCUUCCCUUCCACCACCUCCUCAAUGCCUCUGGUCAGGUCUUUAGGACAUUCCCCUUCCAUGAGGCUCUGAAUCAAAAUCUUUUCUUACUGAAGUGGUCUUCCGUCGUUUAGGCAGCUGUGGGACAGUGUGGAGAGCGAGCACAGGUCUGCUCCCUGCAGGUAAGAGCAGCUGGAGACCCAGGCUCCUGUAAUAACCAACUUUCUCUUGUGCUUUGUCUUUGACACUUACGUAACAUCAGCAGUUGGGAUCGAUUUGUUCCAGCUGUAGUUUUCUUCUUCCUGUGGUUGAUCCUAGACAAGGGGAGGGGGUUGUUUCACUGCUCCUUUGGAGCAGGUGCUGCCUGGCAUCUGCCUGAUGGGGGAUUUCUGGUGCAGUCCUAGGAAUUGCUGCCAGUGGCAGGGAGAUCAUAGCUUAAAACGUGGGAUUCAGUGCUCUGUGAAGGGGGAUGAGAGCAGAGGGUCCCUCUCUGAAGGGAAUGUGGUCCAGUCCCAGGGAUGGAAUUGGUGAACAGGCAGGCUGAGACAGAUCUUGAGGGUCUCAGUGCCUGAACCCUCAUCCCCACACAGCAGGGAGACAAAAAUGCUUCAGGUGAGACAUUUGCUGGAGCUGUUGGGAGCAGUUUGGGUGCUCCUGGGGACAUGGAGAAACAACCCCCAGUGUCCUGCUGUUUGUGGAGGGAUGUGCUGGCAUCUGGGGGCCUCUGCUGCCCUCCUCUGAGAGCAGCUCCGCUGGCAGCUCGAGUGCUCCACAGCUGCCCUUGGGACAGCAGGAAAUAUGUGUGGAAUUUAAUAUUAAAGUAAAUAACUGAGGGGCUACUAGCGUGGCAGUGCUGCUUUGGAUCCCUUUCCACAUCCCCUGUGGCCUCAGACCCAGAGGAAGAGGAUGGUCUGAAAGUCUGCCUUGCUCAGCAGAGCAGGAAGCAAAGAGGUGCUGACAUCCAUCCUCAGCCUCAGAGCCCUGCAAUAAUCCUCUUUUUCUCCCUGUUAAAGAUGCAGAGAUUGAAUUGCUGUGCUGGAGUUGAAUCCCUGUUUUGAGAAUGCCAAAGGGCCGCUCUCCAUGCUGAGUUAGCAGCAGCUGGCUGGGAAAGGCACAGUGCCCUCCUUGCUCUCUCCCAGAGAAUAGAAUUGUGGUGGGGAUUAGGUGCCAAAGGGAGGAUCGACCAUGUUGGUGCUGGAAAUCAGAGACCCCAAAGGAGCCUUGCUGCAGCCCUUGCAGCCAGCUGAGAAAACAUGUGGCACAGCCGAGGAGCCAGCCAGGAGGGGGUGGAUGGAGCCUGGAGUUCCAGGCCAUUUGUUUUCAUUCUCCUUUCCAUGGCAAUAACAUCCGGUUUGAGUUUGCUGGGUAAGGGGUGUCAGCAGGUCAGAUCCUGCUUUCCAAGAUCCAAAAUAAUCCCUGUUCUUCCUUCCCUUCCCAGCCUGUGUCUAGCUUCCUCUUUUCUUUCUUUUCCUCUUUUCUUUCUUUUCCUCUUUUCUUUCUUUUCCGGGAAGAAGAGGGGGAGCACAUGCCACUCUCUGCCUUGUGACAAGUUGCUUUUUCAAGUGGCUGGGAUUCAGCAUGUCCAGCACAUCCCUCUCAAAGCUUCCUGUCAGCACUAUCAGUUCCCAUCCUUCCUGCCUUUGUUGGCUCCUGGUGGAAGCACUUCUACCUUUCUAAUCUGAGGACCCUCUGUUGCUGCUCGCCAAGCCUUGGGAGUUAAUAAUUACAAAGACUAAUCACUUCUGGUGCUGCCUUGCAGAGCUGAAGAUCUUUCCCCUCCUCCCAAAAGCUCCCUGAAGAUAGCAAAGGUUGCAGCCAGUGACACAAACAUCCCAGACACUCCGUUCCCAGACUUCAGAGCAUGGGCUUGGCCCACGCUGUCCCCGUGCAUCCCGGCCAUGAGGCAGGGCAGGGCUGGAGGUGACACGGACACCCAGGAGAUGCUGGGACAGAGAAUUGCUCCCUGUGUGAUAUCCAAAGCAAAAUCCUGCACUGGACACAAGGAUCGCCAUGUCUGAUUCUCCCGCCUCUGGCGUUGGGUCUGUCCCCGAGGCAGAGGAUGGACAAGCUGAGAGCAAGGCAGGAGCUGCCCCUGUGUGCAAAGGCUCCAAGGGGAUACAGCCGCCUGGAGAAGAGCCCAGGGCAAUGGCAAGCCAGGUCAGUUUUGAGGAAGAGAGCCAGAAUCCACCCGCUGUGGGACACUGGAAGCCCCUGAUGCCAUCCAAAGGUGACAAGGAAGAGCCAGAGGGUGGAUGCCAGGAUGCUGGAGGUGUGGAUGAGCCCCAGUCCACAGAGCAGCUCAAUGUGUCCCGGCUGCGCAGCUCCUCGGUGGAGAUCCGGGAAAAGGGCUCUGAGUUCCUGAGAGAUGAGCUGCACAAAGCACAGAAGGAGCUGAAGCUCAAGGACAAAGAAUGUGAGAGAUUGUCAAAAGUCAGGGAACAACUGGAGCAGGAACUGGAGGAGUUAACAGCCAGCCUAUUUGAGGAAGCCCACAAGAUGGUGAGAGAAGCCAACACCAAACAGGCUGCAGCAGAGAAACAGCUCAGGGAGGCCCGGGGCAAGAUUGACAUGCUGCAGGCAGAGGUGACAGCCCUGAAGACGCUGGUGAUCACAUCCACGCCGUCCUCCCCGAACAGGGAGCUGCACCCUCAGCUGCAGAGCCCUUCCAAAGCUGGCUUCAGGAAGGGCCACGGGCGCAACAAAAGCACCAGCAGUGCCAUGGUGUCAGCUGCCAGCCAGAACGUGGCUCCAGAGCCCGUCAGCCGGGAAUGCAAAGAGUCUGGUUUCCCUGCUCUCCUCUCCCUGCUCCUUUGCAUCCUCCCUGGGAAGGCUAUCCACAUCACCUAUGAGCCAGGCUGGCAGGCCUUGGGAGCAGAUGCUUCCUCCUCCUCUUCCUCCUCCUCACGGCAGGUGGACUCCAUUUUAUUUGCCGAGUUCCAGACCUGGAAGGAAUCUCCAACUUUGGACAAAUCCUGCUCCUUCCUGGACAGAAUUUACCGAGAAGAUGUAGGACCUUGUCUGGACUUCACCAAGCAGGAGCUGUCGGAGCUGGUGCGAGUGGCUGUGGAGCAGAACACCCUCACCAUCGAGCCAGUGGCUUCCCAGACUGUCCCCAUGGGGAAGGUGGCAGCAGAAGAGUGUGGUGGCCCCAAUGGCUUCCGGUCACAAAUCGUAACGAAGUGUGCUCUGAGCGGCCUCCCCAGGACCUGCAAGCACCGGAUCAUGCUGGGGGAUUCUGGGAAUUACUACUACAUUUCCCCUUCCUGCAGGGCCAGGAUCACAGCAGUGUGCAACUUCUUCACCUACAUCCGCUAUAUCCAGCAAGGCCUGGUGAGGCAGGAUGUGGAGCUGAUGUACUGGGAGGUCAUGCGGCUCCGGAGGGAGAUGUCUCUGGCCAAACUUGGAUUUUAUCCCAGCGAGAUGACCUGGACAGAGGUGACUCGUCCCUUGCUGUUGGUGACCUUUCCCUUUGUCAGGCCACCAGUGCCAGCUGGCAAAACCAGGAGGAAGGAGGGAAGCGCUAAUCCAACUUUCCAUCAAACUGAAGGCAGUGAUAAAUAAUGUCUUGAUGCUUCAGAGGAGCUGGAGCAGUCCCUGAUGGUCCCAAGGUGCUUUUGGGUAAGGGAAGUUUUGCAACCACCCCAAAAUCUUGACAGCUCUGGCAGACAUUAGUCCUUAACAGGAUAGGGAACCUGGGUUCCAAAUCUUACUCAUUUCACACUGGAAUUAUGUGUGUGUGGAGAAGCCCUUGUGGGCUGUGUUUGAGUGGUGCCUGAUCCAUCUGGGUUUGGAAAACCCAAAAAACCCACUUUGCUGUUGUCAGCAGGGGUGUCACUACUUUUUCUUCUUGGUGCUGUUUUUAAAAGUCUGGCUUUACACAUUCAAGAUACACAAAUGACUUAAACCCUCUCUCCUACUGCAGCACAUGGCACUCAUCCCUGUCCCAGCACCACCACACCCAGGAGAGUCUCUUUACUAAGUAUCUCAGUAGAGACUUUAAGAACUGUCCCUCUCUGUUUAAAGGAGGUUACCAAGACAGUGAAGAAAGGAAAUGGCUUUUUAAUCUCUGUCCUCUGUUUUGUGUGUAAUUCUUUUGUGCAUCAAGGAGCAGAGCAGGCUCGACAUCUCUUUGCUUUUCGUUCUUUAUUUUAUUUUAUGCAGACAGAAAUGUUCCCAGGGAAUGGUUUGGGUUGGAAGGGAUCUCUGAAGAUCAUCCUGACUUGCCCAGGAGCUCCUCCUGUACCAUUCAAGCCCAGACAUUCUGUUACUGUGGAGCUGUUGAUUUUCUGCAGGGACGUGGAAGGAGUCAUGGUGCUGGAAUGCUGCAGCUUCACCAUUCCUUGCCCUUUAGUGCUGUUGGAUUCCAUUUCACUCGCAUACCUUCACCAAAUCAGGUGU